AUGGCGCUGCGGGGGGCUCUGGCCUUGGGCUGCCUGGCCCUGCUUGCGGCCUGGACGGGCUCCGGCGGGCAGAAGAGGAAGGAGAUGGUGCUUUCAGAAAAAGUUGGCCAGCUGAUGGAGUGGGCCAGCAAAAGAUCUGUCAUUCGACUGAAUGGUGACAAAUUUCGCCGUCUUGUAAAAGCACCACCAAGAAACUACUCUGUAGUUGUUAUGUUCACUGCUCUUCAGCCUCACAGACAAUGUGUAGUAUGCAAGCAAGCUGAUGAAGAGUAUCAGAUCCUGGCCAACUCCUGGCGAUACUCAACUGCAUUCACCAACAGAGUCUUUUUUGCAAUGGUGGAUUUUGAUGAAGGUUCUGAUGUAUUUCAGAUGCUAAACAUGAAUUCAGCCCCGACCUUCAUUAACUUCCCACCAAAAGGGAAACCAAAAAGAGGGGACACCUAUGAACUGCAGGUGCGGGGAUUUGCUGCUGAACAGCUCGCCCGCUGGGUGGCUGAUAGGACCGAUGUCAAUAUCCGUGUGAUCCGGCCUCCAAACUACGCUGGACCCUUGAUGCUGGGCCUCCUGCUGGCUGUUAUCGGCGGUCUGGUUUACUUGAGGAGAAGCAACCUGGAUUUUCUGUAUAACAAAACAGGCUGGUCUUUUGUGGCAUUGUGUUUCGUCCUGGCAAUGACAUCAGGCCAAAUGUGGAAUCACAUCAGAGGACCCCCAUAUGCUCAUAAGAAUCCUCACAGUGGUCAAGUGAACUAUAUCCAUGGGAGCAGUCAAGCUCAGUUUGUUGCUGAAACUCACAUUGUUCUUUUGUUUAAUGCUGGCGUGACCCUCGGCAUGGUGCUCUUGCAUGAAGCUGCUACCUCUGACAUGGAAGUGGGGAAAAGAAAAAUAAUGUGUGUGGCUGGCAUUGGCCUGGUGGUGCUGUUCUUCAGCUGGCUGCUCUCAAUAUUUAGAUCGAAGUACCAUGGCUAUCCAUACAGCUUCUUACUGAGUUAAAGAAUGUGACG